AAGUUGCUUUGUGCGAAACGGCAGCCAUUCCCGCUUGGAAGGUUUGCAAUGGAAUCCUGUGCUUGUUGAGUCGCUCACUAAGCCCCUCCUUGUGUGCCAUAGGGCUUACUCCCUAGUAAGUUCCUGCUGGUCGGAUCUUGAUCUGGACGGUUGUCGGGCGGCAUAUUCCACACCGAUAUGUGGAGAUCCAGCGCCUGCGGUUACAUCCCUGACCCCUUUGCUUGCAUUCGCAGAAAAGCCCCAAUGCGUUCCAGUGAGUCUGACUCCCAAACUUCUUGUGUUUCCUGAAUAAACCAAGUGGAAAUUGGGGGAACCAAGUGGAAGUUUGAUGUUCCACCAACGUGCUUUCCAGUAUGUUUGCCUUAUCUGCCACAAGCAGAUUACCUUCUGCUGAUGCAUUCGAAAAUCGAAAUAUUUGCUUUGUACUCACCAGACGGUCACAGGGAUUUCACGCAAAAGAUGCUGGUGUGGUCUAUAGGAAAAACAUGGGGAUUCUGAGGAAGCUGGUAUGCCAGGAAAGCACAACAUUCAGGAACGUGUGGACAACACAUUCCACAUCUCCAAUUGCUUAUCAAAGUGGGAGGAUUUAUUUCGACAAUUAUCGGUGCUGUGUAAGCAGCACCACACCGGAGCCGAGGAUAAUUUAUCAAAUGCCAAGGCGGCCUAGAUCGGAAAAAAUAGAAGAUGCCUUGUUAUUGGAAUGCCCAGUGGGUGAAGUGCUGCCGAGUCAAUCAGACUACAAACCUUCCUUGUUGGUUCUGACAGCAAACAACUGGCUCCUUCGCCUUUCCGCAAGUACAGGGGAAAUACUUGAAAAAGUGUACCUUGCUCCCCACUGCAAAUUCAGAUAUCUAAGUUGGGAUGUUCCUCAAGAGGUCAUGGUUGUCAAGUCAGCUCAGCAGAAACUCCCUGCGGCCGCACGGCAGGCUGGCAUCCAACGGUCUGUGCUUUUCUUCCUUGCCGUGUUCAGAGUUCUGCCGCUAUCGUUCGUCGGGAUGCUAGAACUUGACAAAAAAAUCUUUGGAAAUGGCAUGACAGACGCCGUGUUGUCGCACAACAUGCUGGUUGUGACACACAGCACUGGCCUUGUCAGGCUGUACAGCUUCCAGGCUAUCUCUGAGCAGUUCACAGAGCGCCAGGUGGAUCUGGGACAAGAGUGCAGCUGGAAUGGCAAAGCUGGGAUUGUGGGAAAAUACCCCUUCGGCAUUCCCUGCAAUAUUAAAAUAACAGAUACCCCAGAUCUGCUUUUCGAAGUGUCUUCCCUGGAGAACACAUUUCAAAUUGGAGGAUACCCUUGGCAUUACAUCAUCACUCCUAACAAGAAAAAACAGAAAGGAAUCUUCCACGUUUGUUCAUUGAAAGACCACACUUUGGCAAAGAAUGGCAUCCAGUAUAUGGAAUGUUCCUCAUUAGAACCUGACUGGAUAUCUUUCCACCCAGACACUUCUGGAAGAGUGUUGCAUGUGGGGCCAAGUUUGAUUAAAGUUUUGAAGCUGAAGGAAUCUGAAAAGAACGCAGAGAAGCAGAAAGUUACGGAAGACUUUGUCAUAGAGGCCAAAAGGGGAGAUAAUAACUCUGUAACGGUAACAGCGUCUGGCCGAGUUGUGAAGAAACGUAUGAAUCUAUUGGAUGAUGACCCUGAGCAAGAGGUAACAAAAAUUCUGUGAUCUUGAAU